AUGGGAACUGCUUUGGCAAAAUGCUGUAGAAAGGUAACCGACACUGGCAAUGAGGCACUGAGCCUACUGGUGCUGGGCAUCGAGAACUCUGGAAAGACGGAAAUCUCGUUCAAAAUAUGCCGUCGCAAGCGAACUGAUUACGGACCAACAAAAGGAUGCCGUUUGUUCGAAACGGUGAUCGCGGAAACGGAUGUAAAGUUAAUUGAAAUCGGCGGUGGAUCUGAUUUGAGAGACAUAUGGAAAUACUAUUUUCUUGAUGCCCUUGCCGUAAUCUUCGUAAUCGAUGCUUCCAACAUACACAACAUCUGCGAAUCGUACAACAUUUUCCAAAACCUUAUUUCACACGAGUUUCUCGUUGGCAAACCCUUUCUGAUACUAGCCAAUAAGCAAGACCUGCCCGAAUCGGUCGAUUGUAUUGAAAUCUGUGAAUAUCUGGACGUGGAGUUCUUGGCGAACCGGUUUCGUUGUCCGUGCUUGGUUGAAGCAUGUGGCAAUUGGGAUGCCACAAUAGACGAAUCCAAUGAAUACGACGGGCUUACCUAUGGCAUUCAAUGGCUCGUCAACACCGUCCUCGCUCAUCGUCAGUUUAUUAUGAAUCGUAUUAACUUCCACAAACUGAUUCUGGGUCCUGAAGCUGCAGAUGGACAUCCUGAAAAGUUGAAGCGGCCUCGAACAGGAGUAAAAUCGGGCAGUCGUAAAAAGCGUAAGGAUAGCCGCCCAAAAACCGCUCCAUCCAGUCAGCUAGCUUGGUUGAAGGAGAAUGAUAACAACUAUCUGAUCAAACGAAACAGUGUGAUUUCCGUGAAAAGUAUUCCUAGUAGCACUACAACCGAGCGAACUUCCACCGAUCAAACGAACAAUUCCUGCUCUAAAACUACCACCGAAGGGGGGCUUUCGGAGGUAGACGAGGGAGUAGAGUUAAGCCAUAGCAGCAGUACUGAGCAACCUACAGUCUUAGAAGUUCACAAAGAUGAAAUGACCCUAGAAGAUUUAUCACUUUCCUUUGGCGUAAAUGAAGUCAACGGAAAGCCCGUAGAAAUAAGCUGA